CACGUGAACUGACGUGAACCGCGUGUCCCCGUUUAAGUGAGAUCUGCCGCGUCAUGCCUUCCAGGAGGAAUAAAGGCGGCCUCCUGGCCAGGGUGAACUUCCCUCUGUAUACGCUGCAGAUGCUUACCAGCAGGCACAUUCUGGUGGGCGGCGGAGGCGGCUCCUCCAAGACUGGCAUUGCUAAUGGAUUUGAAAUUUUUGAAUUGUCACACAAUGGUGUACAUUUUGUUGCCGAAGAAGUUACCAGGCAUGAGACUGGUCCCAGCGUGGUCAUGAAUUGUGCUUCACAUAACAAUGGCAAGAAGACAUGGAUAGUUGCUGGUCAAGAGAGUCAUUGUCAACUGUACAAUGUAAAUCCCAAAGUAGUAACUUCAGAAAAUGGCGAAUUGAUCAAAGGGCCAGCAACAACAGCUAAUAAAGAUGGCCUUAGGCAUAGAAGGAACAGUGAAAAAGUUGAAGAUGUUCACUCACCAGUGGAGAGGAUAGAAGAAAUUAAAGAUGACAAUUCAAAUGUUAAGAGCAAGAAGCUUCAGUUAGUACUCAAGCCUGCUGAUAGCGUGCAGACAGCUUUUGGAAAUGGUGAGCCUUUACAAAGAGUCGUCAGGGUGAGCUUGCAAGGAAUGACUAUGGCCACGGGUGACACAGACGGUAGAGUUAGAUUAUGGAAGUUCCCACAGUUGCACAAAUUAUACGAUCUUGACGCGCACGGAAAGGAAAUAGACGACUUAGAUUUUAGUCCAGAUGGUAAUCUGUUGGUGAGCAUCGCUAAGGAUGGAAAGGCCUUCUUGUGGAACGUAUAUAAUGGUACAAGAAAUAAAGAGCUCACUUGGACAGUGCCAGAUAGCGUGAAGUACAUGUACAAAAGAUGCCGAUUCAGAAAAUUGGCAGAGAAUAAAACAAAGCUCGAUCUAUUUGUACUUUCCAACGCCGUCGCGGCGAAAAAUCCUAGUUUUCUACAAUUGUGGGACGUCCAUACUGGAGCCAUCACCAAAUCUGCUUCUUACAAGGAAGCAUUGUCAGCACUGGCAGUUUCUGAUGAUGGUAAGUUCGUGGCUGUCGGUACGAUGUUCUCCGGCAGCGUUGAUAUAUUUGUGGCAUUCAGCUUGAGGAAGGCACUCCAUGUUCCUGGAGCGCACAGCAUGUUUGUUACCGGUCUAGAAUUCUUGCCAACGAAACUAGACGGCCCCGCGAUUACCAGUAAUACGGAGACUGCGGUCGUCAGUAUCUCUGUGGACAACAGGAUUUGUAUACAUAGUAUACCAUUUAGACACACACUGCCAUUCUGGUUUGUCAUUAUAUUAAUAGUUUUAUGCAUAUGUGGCGCGUUUAUUCUCUGCAGUUAUCUUGGUAUAUGACCCACGAAAUACGUGACCAAGCCAAUAAAGCAAGACAUUAUUUUUUCCUAAUUAUAUAUUAAGCCGAUAAUUAUCCUCGCGUAUGAGAGAUUAAAAGUAAAUGCAACGCACGAUUCACUCAUAAACAGUGGCUGCUCAAAAACAUUACAUACACAGUCAUAGGUUUAUCUGAGUAAAAGCGGGUGCUGACCGGCAUCUCGUCCGACACGUAUGAUAUAAUUAGCUUACGAAACAACGUAGGUGUAACUGUGAAUAUGCAUUAGGAUAAGAGAUAUUUUCGGUUCAAUUAGCGGUUACCAUUUGAUCUUGAUAGUUGAAUCAUCGGAUAGAGUAUACAGAUUUUUCAGCAAGCGUUUAUGCGAUUUAGAUAUAGACGAGACGUCAGUCGGGGUGCUACUGUGAUAAAUAAAUUAUGUUGGAAUAUUUCCAACAAAUCGGGGCUGCACCAAUAGCACAUUAGUACAUGAUGUACAUAUAGAUAUUUUCAAUUUUUAGCGCAAAAGGAAGGGAUUUAAACAGCGAUUGUUUCUCUUCCGCACGAGUACGCUUAAAUGGUUUCGUUUAUGACAAGUAAUUCGAGACAUGCGUUUCUCGUACUUACAGCAUACUCUUUAUCUCUUUCGUGUCACAGACGAAAAUCCAUAACGCAUUUAUGUGCUAUAUCAUGUAAUAUUGACAUCUACUAGUAUAUUUUUCCUUGAUUAUAUGUCUUCUUCUACUUUCUUCUGAAAGCAUGUAUAUACACGAAUGAUAAAUAUUCGUAAUG